AUGUCUAGCCUCACCAAGUUCGCUGGAUGGAUAGUCAGAGCCACCCUCUUGGUGAAACCGUACCUUUCCGCACCCAACACAGCAAUCAUACAAAUCAAACUGUCAUCCGAACGCAAAGCGACGGGCACGUGCCGUUCCUCCCUCAACACGACGCCCACUAUCAUCUUGAUUCUCGACUGGCAGAGAGGCCUUGGGUGCAGUGAACUUGCCAUUGCUCUUGCUCGUAACGGAUUCUUCCUUUCGGAGUCGAGCCGGAUCGUUUUCCGGAAGCGCUUGAAGGCCAACGCGCAAGUUCUACGCCUAAAAGCGUUCAAGGCCUACACAUCGGCAGCUUGGGACGUCGUACUGGAUGCGCUCUUCCAACGUUCCACGGAGCCCCUCCGUAUUCUCGAAAUCCACGCGCCUCGCAAACCCCACAAGUACGACGAUUCCUCAUACGAUGCCGAGGAACGAGAAGUAGAGUUACCCCGCGCCUUCGCCAUAUUGCAGAUGCCGUACUACGUCAAUCUGCGCGAGUUGGUGGUCUCCGCGCAGCUCGCAUGGACGGACGAGGUCGUCGCUCACGUAGCGCGCGUGUGUCCCGCACUGACGCGCGCCGAGCUUCGAGUCGAGAAACAACGGGUUCCCGCCGACUCCCCGCGCCUUACCUCCUUAUCACUGGUAGAGUUUGCGGAGCACUGCCCUCUUUUGUGCGACUUGUUCAUACACGUCGACAUCCCCGCUGAGGCGGAUGCACCGCUCGCCGGUUCGCUGUUCGAGUUCGGCGGGAACGCGAGUCUCAUAGACCUCGACCUCGGAGAACCGGCUGUUCCGCUACCGGGACCUCGUCGGCAAUCUACCUGCCUACCUAUCUCCGGUCCCAUCAAGCUCGAAGACCUCGAAGACACGUACUGUACAUGCCGCUUGCCACAUUUUUUAAAAUCGUUGUUCCCAAGCCUGCAGCAGGUGUCCGGGGUACAGGUUCCCUGCCACUCCUGAUUGGUGUUGGGUCGCGCGCUGUAAGCGCUAGCGCAAGCGUGUGGACCAAGUUUCUAGUUUUCGGACGAUGCUAACUGAAGGCGCACAUCAUACGUAUCGCUACUUGUACAUAUGGAGCUGUCAGCUUGCGGACAUCCUCUCCAAAUAGCGCAUCGCGGCUGCGUGUAGUCAUUCACAGCCCAGGUGCUGCCAUCUUCGCCAACUUCGUGGUAUAUACCGUUCACAUUGUCAUAGGAUUCUU